UGUCUCUCCAUUCUGUUUCUGGUUUUCUCCCCUUAAACCCUAACAACAAAUUCUAUCUGCAAUGUCGACUUCACUGGAUAUGUCUUUAGACGAUCGAAUCAAGAACAACAAGACAUCUGAAGGUGGAGGAAGAGGCGGUUCUUAUUCUUUCAGAGGUGGUAGAGGUAGAGCCAGAGGUGGUUAUGGCGGUGGCAGAACAACCACCAGAGGCGGUAGUUUUGGUUUAGGUCCAACUCGUCGUUUUCAAAACCGUGGAAUCCGUCGUGCUAUGCCUUACGCUAUUCCAAAUGUGGUAGGGAUGUAUGAUAUGUAUGCUGCUGCUGCUAUGGAUACCGGGAGUAACAAGCUUUAUAUCUCUAAUCUGGAUUAUGGUGUUUCAAAUGAAGAUAUCAAGGAACUCUUCUCAGAGGUUGGUGAAAUUCAGCGGUAUUCAGUCAAUUACGAUAGGAGCGGAAGAUCAAAGGGCACGGCAGAAGUGGUCUUUGCUCGGCGUUCAGAUGCUGCAGCAGCUGUCAAGCGGUACAACAAUGUUCAACUUGAUGGAAAGCCAAUGAAGAUAGAGAUUGUGGGAGCAAGUAUCGCUCCUCCUGUAUUCCCCGCAGUAAACACUGCUAUAUUUGCAAAUCCAGUUAGCUUUCCUCAACGUGGAAUACGAAGGGGUGGAGCUAUGGGACGACUCAGAGGUGGCAGGGGUAGUGGAGGUCGCAUUUCCCAGAGAGGGGGAGGUCGUGGCAGGGGAAGAGGCCGUGGUGAAAAGGUGUCUGCAACUGAUCUGGAUGCCGAUUUGGAUAAGUACCACACAGAAGCCAUGCAAAUAAACUAAGAAGAUCUCUUACUUUCUGAUCUCUCUUCAGUUGUCUGCACUUUCUUGUGUAUGCCAUAUAUUUCGAUUUAGUAUGCUGCGGUUGGUAGGAAAAUUAGCUAGUUCUGGCUUUUACUUUUGAUAUGAUUUGGAAUUAUUUCAUAUCAUAUUAUUCAGAGUUGUUGACCUAAAAUUAAAAAGUAGAUCAGUGUAGUAGUGUUGAUAUUACUAAGAAGGUUGCUUACUCCAUUUCAUUAAGUUUACCUUUCUUAUAUCAAAGGGAUGUUUGAAACACUUUAAAGUCACCUAUAAGUGUGUUAUUUCUCUAUUGGGGGAAAAGAAUCCUUGUCGGAA